AUGUUUGCACCGGUCACGUUCCGCUUGUCGAAUAUUGACACUGCCUCCUCGGCAAUCAGAGCCGACCGCUGCUCCGGCAUCGAUCGUAACCAGAGCAAACAAAGCUGGACAGUGUGGUCUCAACAGUUCGUAGUGCUCUCUACGUUAACUGUGUUUGCUUUACUCUUUCCUGCUGGAAAUUUCUCAAAUGUAUCCAUCGCUAGAUGCUACAGUGUUUUUCGAAAGCGACUGCACCAGAUACCAAAAAAUGGCAGAUAUUUUCGCUUUUUCCGUUAUAGUCGUGUUAGCUGUUUAUGGUGCUGUAUUUGUUAG